AUGUCUCAAAAACAUCAAUAUAAAACCGACCAAGUCUCCUAUCACACAAAUGUCGCAGACCAUGGGGAACGCUACAGGCCACCAUUUGGUGAAUUAGUGCCGGAGCACAAGUACUUCUACAUCAAGCAUCACGAGGGUCAACAGAACGAUGACACCCCAUACUUAUUAACCGACUUCGCAUUUUUCAACAUCUGGCAAGACAUGGUUCCUCUUCCAGAACUAGACGGGCCUUUCGAACUCAGGUCACAUGAUAUCUUUGGGGCUGGUAUGGCUUCCAUCGAAGGCCACGAACCUGUCUACAUUCACAUCAGACCUUUGAGACACUACGACAUCAACCUCGCUGAUGCUGAUGGAUCCAUGCAUAUUGAAAGCGAAAGAGCUAUCUAUUCUCUCGGAGUUCCCUCCAAGCAACAGGACGGACUUUCGAAAAAUAUUUCUACUGCACCGCACCAUCCAGCUCAUCAUGGCAUCAUCCAGCUCAUUGUGGCAUUUGCCAAAAAGCAGCCAGAAUGGGAAUAUGAGGAUUUCUUGAAGGAGUGUUUGAAGAUGAAGAUCAUUGGCGAUACCCCCGACGAGGGAGACAUUUGGGAUUGCGUUCCACGACUAAGACAUGUGGUGGAAAACCUAGAGGGCAAUCUGUGCACAAUGAAUAUCGUUCAGUUCCUCUUGUACACCCCUCGCCCUCAGAUGAUUCUGAGAACUGCAAAGCCAUCUGGUCUUCAAUGUGUGUGCCAAAAGGCCAGAGCCAAAAAAGAGCUGGAGGUGAUAGAUUUGACAGUGUCAGAUUGA